GUUAGACAAUUUCUUAAAAGAGUGUUAGGAACAACUGCUUGGAACGUUGCUGCAACAAAGGGAAAAAACACUUAAAACUCUUGUAAUGCACGAUUAUCUAAAGAGUCGCAGAUACUUAAUGGGGAAUUUUCAGACCUUUAUGCAUCUUUAAUAUAUAAAAUUGUGAGUAGAAUUUCGGAGAAAGUGAGGGCCACACAAUCGUAAAAUAUGCUGUAUUCCAUCGAAUCUUAGGAGACUCCCUGCCAUUACAUGGACCUCAAUAAACACCCUUCUUAAGGGAGUGUAUAUAUUUAUGCAAACUGUAACUACUCUCAUUAACUGUGUAUAUCCUCUAGUCAACAACAGGGUGAGGAGCCGAUCUCCUGCAGUUCAGAAGCAGGGAUGCAAACAAUCAUAUCACCUUGGUCCUGGUGCAAAUACAAGCAUUUAUCGCAUUCUCACAAUAAUUUGGUAGAUUCGGGAAUUUUUUUCGUAUCAUCAGAUUUGUACACAGCUCAUGGAAAAUGCAGGGUAUCUUGUAACAAUAUGCAGAAAAAAGCAAUAAGGCAUGGCAAUUAUUUUUUGUCAAAACAUUUAUUAGAAAAUAAGAAAAUAUCAGUCCAAUGCAGUCUUGGCAGUGCACAAAAUAAGUUGAGUACACUUCAGCAAGCUUUUAAAGAAGAGGAGAAGAAGGAAUGGGAGGAAUCCCAAGAACCAUUAUCAGCUCUGAAUUUUAGCAUUGAAGAAGUGGAUGCAAUUCUAGGGAAGGCUUUUGGUUGGGUACAUUCUCCUUACUGGGGGGAAGAGAAAAGAAAAACUCUGCCUAAAAAAAUUCUAGUAUCAGCAUCCUUGAGCUAUUUAAGAAACCUAGGCCUCUCGGAUGAUGAUCUCCACAAACUGUUAAAAAAAUUCCCAGAAGUACUUGGAUGCAGUCUUGAGGAUGACCUAAAGAAUAAUAUUGCUAUUCUAGAGAGGGAUUGGGGCAUUAAAGGAAACACACUUCGGAACCUUCUCCUUCGCAAUCCUAAGGUGUUAGGUUACAAUGUUGACUGUAAAGGGGACUGUAUGGCUCAGUGUACACGCUGCUGGGUUAGAUUCUAGUUUGCAUGGUUUCAUAUGGAAGCUUUUGUAGAGAGUGUCUGUUUCAACUCCUAUUAGAAAGUCAUAUUGGAAAGCAUCAAUAGCAAGGCAGCAACCUAGAUUAUGAAUUUUUAUAUUUGUUUCAGUGAUGCCUCCAGGUGUUCAUUUGAUUGUAUGCUUGUUGCAAUGUAUAGGUUUAUUAAUCUUCACAAAUUCUGAUAUCAUGGCAGGUUCAACAUGAAUUACUCCUAUCUCUAUAAAGCUGCAAUAUUUCUUGCUGAAUUUUGAAGCAGGAAUAUGGCAGCAAGGGGGAAUUUGUUUUA